GUAAUUGAGUGAUCGGUAUUUGUACUCACAACCUCCACCACCGCACUUCAACUUUCCUAAAGGUGGCAAAACUCAACUGACAAGUAACUUGGCGCACUUGUUGGAAGAACAUCGAGUUGUUGGAAGAACAUCGAGUUGUUGGAAGCCUCUUGCACACCCGGAACAUUUCUACACCUCAUUUGUUGGGUCCCUGAUCACCAUGAAGACAACACUGCUGCUCUCUGUACUGUGCGCUGUCAUGGCGGUGGCUGCGUCUCUGACCUGUGGAACUGAAACCUGCUCUACUGAUGAGAUUUGUAACAAUAGUACUAAUACCUGCCAGUGCAAUUCAACUUUCUAUACAUUCAAACGAGGAGCCACUCCAGACGUAAAUCUUACUUGUACUGGAGCAAAGUUCAAUAUACAAGUGUCAAAAUGUUGGUUGGAAGCACAAGGCUAUAAUACAUCUGAUAUCAGGCUGAACAGCACCAACUCCGAGUGUCUGGCAGUAAGGGAGGUUGUGGAUGGAAAAUCGGAGAUCACCCUUCAUCGCCCAUUGGCAGCCUCUGACUGUAACACUGAAGCUGCGGUAAGUUCCCCUGACACCGUGAAUUCGACUCAUGUCACCUACACAAACCAGCUGCAUAUUUUUAGCAAGACGUUUCCAAUCCAAUUAACAAAUGACGUUGUCCAGAAUAUUUCCUGCGCUUAUCCGCUGAAUAUAAACGUCAAACUUAAUGUGACUCUGCACCCAAUACUCGGGACCACGGUAAUAAACGGCCCUUCAGGAAAUGGAAGUUAUGUAGCCGUAAUGAUGGCCUUCACAGAUAACACAUUUACCACCCCUCUCUCCGACUCCGACUCCCUGACUGUGGAAGAUCUUAUUUACCUCUCAGUGCAAGUACCAGAUCUGGAUGUGAACACCUUCAAACUCAAGGUGGUGAAUAUUUAUGCCUCUCCUACCAAUUCAAGCGAGCAAAAGUACUAUCUUCUUAAGGACGGGUGUGCAGGUAGCGAUGUACCUGCUGACCAGCUAACAGUGGAAAGCAAUGGAGUCACCAAUGAAGCUCGUUUUGAUAUGAAAGUCUUCAAGAUUGCCAACUCUAACGCCGUCUAUCUCUUUGCCGAUCUUGCACUCUGCACUACUGAUUGUGCCUCGAACUGCCAAUCCAAAGGAGGUCGUUCCCAGGAAAUUGGAGGAAGAGCCAGCAUCUUUUUGAAUGCAGCUGAUACCAGUUAUGUGGAUACCAGUUCUGCCAGCGGUUUCUCCAUGCCUUGGACUUUGUCUGCUCUGAUCUUCUCCUGCAUCUUGAUGAAACUGAUGUAAUCCCUCCGAGAACCGACCAUCCCGACACCAUGAGACUUUGUCAUAUCGUCGCCCCCAAUGCUCUCAGCAGGGAGAAGUUAUGAAGGAAUCUUGUAUCUAAUUCUUUUUCUGUGGAUGGUGUUGGCUGCAUCAUAUAUAACGCUUUCUAAGAUAACCUUGCCGCUGUGCGUCCCGAUUAUCUCUCAUUUUGUACAGUGAAGAUAUUCUGCUUUUUUUGCUUAGAGGGGCCUGCUUUAUACCGGACCUAUUUAUUGUGUUGUAUUUAUUAUAAGGCAAGAAUGGUUAAUGGAGUAGACCAGGGGGUCUCAAACUGGUGGCCCUCCUGCUUUUGCGAAACUACAAGUCCCAUGAUGCAUUGCAAGGAUGACAGUUACAAACAUGACUCCCUCAGGCAGAGGCAUGAUGGGACUGGUAGUUCCGAAACAGCUGGAAGGCCACCAGUUUGAGACCCCUGGAGUAGACAAUAUAUAGAUACUUUGUAUCCCUGGAGAGCGCACCCUGUACUUUUUUCUGUUCUUUUACAUAUAAUAAACUGCAAAGUAAAAUAA